UCUUCGUUCAGAACGAUCAGCAUAUCCUCUCUCCAGAAGAGUAUACGUUAAAAUGAUUCGUAAUCUUCGGGAAGUAUUAAACAUACUCGAACUAGCUGGGACGAUAUCAUGUACGUGGCCAUUAGAUCCAAAUACUAAAAGAUGGAAAAAAGUUGCCUAUAAUAUUCGUUGGACCUUUGCAUUUAUCGACAUUGUGGUGGUGUCUAUAUUGCUGCUGAUUAAGAUGUAUUACAUUCGACACGACAUUGUCGAGCUGACGAAAGCAAUCAGUUUGCUAAGUGCCAUUACGGAUGGAACACUCAACCUGCUCUUCUGUAAAUUGAACGCCUCGAAACUGCAGGUUCUGAUCGCAAAAGUUAGACAGCAUUUAGAUAGAGCUAACGAGGACGAGAACAAACAAAUCCAAGUUUACGUGGAUCGGUACAAGGUAGUCCUUUCAGUGGUAGGGAUGUCAUACAUCAUCAAUGGAUCUUCAUUCAAUUUUCUGCCGUUUUAUACGGAUCAAGUGCUACCAAUAGAAUGUUGGUACCCGUUCAGCAUUGAAACCCCCGCGUUGUACUGUGUUGCUUACGUUUUGGAAGCUUGCUGCGUCGUGCCAACAGCUCUCGCGAUCUUUAUCGACUACAAAGUCAUGUCCCUCCUUUUCUACAUCGCUGCCAGACUAAAUGUAUUAGGCGAGAAGUUGAAACAAGUAGACAACUACGAGCAGCUGGCAAACUGUAUUGAAGAACACCAAGAGAUACUUGGAUUUUUAGAGGAUACUCGACUUGCUGUUAAGGCUUUGUUAUUCAAGGUGGUCGUCACAAUGGGAGCCACCGUCAUAUCCGCAGGAUUUCCCCUGCUUUAUAUGGACGACCCAAUGUCAGACCUCCAAACUGUGUAUUCGCUCGGUUCUUUCGUAGUAAUAGGCUCUGGGCAUGUGUACCUUCUUGCCGCGCCAGCAGAAGAUUUAAAAGAAAGUGGCUCACAAUUUGCAACAUCGGUGACCGAAAUUCAGUGGAUAGGACAAUCAAAAGGAUUUGGCACCAGUGUAGUGAUCAUGAUGCAGAGAAGUCAAAAACCGUGCAUAAUCCCAUUGGGUUUGAUUCCAGGGCUUUCGAUGGAAUAUUUCACACAAUUCUUAACUACCAUAUAUUCCUACUUCAUGGCUAUGAGGACGAUGAUUGAGGCAUAAGUUCCAUGAAAUUUAACGGUAUUGAAUCCUCGUUUGGAUUUACUGGAUGACCGAUUUCCUUCAGAUAGUAGAAAACUUUGCCAAGCUGGAGCUAUUGUUACAAGAAGAUGCGAAAACUUUCAGUGACCAACAUACCUGUUCACGAGGUACUGACCUUUGUCCCUCAUCAUUUAUUAACAUAGCAACAUUUUAAAUGAAAACAUUUAAAUUAUAUUCUCAAAUAAAAUGAAAUUAAUUUCACUUGCAAAGAAGACACUGUUUCUUUGAUUUAUUAGUUCCACUUCCUGCACUACUCUGUCUUACACCUUUUAUCCUACCAACACCAAAUGUAAUCUAAUUGCACCGCCUAUAAUAGUGCUAAGAAAAGUUCAACAAUUAGAAAAUUGCAAAAUAUUAAAUAACAAGGAAGAGAUUUUUACUACCACACCAUUUGGAAGAA